AUGUCAGGUUACGGAAACAGAGGAGGUCGUGGAGGCAAUGGUGCAGAAGAAUACAUGAUGCAAUCAAUGAUGAUCAAGAUGACCAUGUCAAUUAACAAGCAAUGCUUCAACGAGUGCAUCAACAGUUUUUCAGACAGCAAGCUAACUCAGUCAGAGACCAACUGCAUCAGCUCCUGCGCCAAAAGACACUCAGGUGCUUUCAUGGCUAUGAAUGAUAUUCAAGGCGAAAUGGCCAGCAAGUCUCAAGGUGGAAUGUUCUGA